CGCUGCAAGUGGGUACUUAGUGUGAAAAUGUCACUUAGACCUCGUAACGGGAUGUGUAUUACGAACAGACUCAAUUUCGCCAGCAAAAAUCUUUUUCAGAGUAUUUUUAUAUAAUACAAAUAAGGAUGUUAUCGAUCCGCACAAAUUUGUGAUGUAUUAUAUUCAUUCUUUCGUUCGUUCAUUCAUUAAUCACUGCAAUGUCUGGAUAUUUAUUAAGAUGAAGAGAUAAGUGGAAUGGGAGCCUAGACCAACACACUUACCAUGGCCAGAAAAGGCGACUCCAAUCGGUGGUUCAACAUAGCAGUGGUGGGGCUCUCUGGAACCGAGAAGGAGAAAGGAGCAAUAGGGAUUGGCAAGUCAUGCCUGUGUAACAGGUUCAUGAGAUCCCUGGCAGACGACUACAGUGUUGACCAUAUCUCUGUGUUAAGUCAGACGGACUUCAGUGGAAGAGUGGUAAACAACGAUCAUUUCCUUUACUGGGGCGAAGUGAGCAAAGUCACUGAUGAAGGAUAUGAACUUCAAUUUCAAGUUGUUGAACAAACUGAGUUCAUCGAUGAUGCUUCAUUUCAACCUUUCAAAGGUGGGAAAAUGGAGCCGUAUAGUAAAAGAUGUGCAGCUACUAAGUUAACAUCAGCUGAAAAACUCAUGUAUAUAUGUAAAAAUCAGUUAGGUAUUGAAAAAGAGUAUGAACAAAGGGUGCUGCCAGAUGGCAAAAUAAGUAUAGAUGGAUUUUUAUGUGUUUUUGAUGUAAGUGUAGUACCGAGCCGAACUUUGGAAAAACAAGUAGAAAUAGUUACACUGAUUCUAAAUAAUAUAAUGAAGACCAAGAAGCCAGUGGUGUUGGUAACCACAAAAAAUGAUGAUGCAAAUGAAACCUAUGUCAAAGAAGCAGAGAAGUUAGCAGCCAGGAAAGAGUUUAAGGGUGGCAUUUUAAUGAUUGAAACUUCAGCCCAUGAGAACAUCAAUGUGGAUCUAGCAUUCAUCGCUUUAGCCCAGCAGAUCGACAGGGGCAAGGGACGGUCUAAGAUUGUACCAUUCGUAGAGGCUGCUAGGGCUCGUAAGGAAUUGUUGGAUGCUUCAACUGAGUCCUUCAUGAAUCUCAUCAGAUCUCAGGUGACAGACUACAGAGCACUUUGGAGCCAGUCAGCUAAGAAAUUUGCUAAACAUGAAGAGUUUAUGGAGUUCACUCGUUUGUUCGGUAUUGAAAGUACUCAAAGGCUGUUUCGCCGACAUGUCAAAAAGCUCAAAGAUGAACAUCUGGCCAAAAGAGUGCAAGGUUAUAUGGAGAUGUUACCUGAUAUCCUUCAAGAAAUGGUGCCAGAAAUUUCAACAUUAAGGGAUGGUGACUGGCCGACAGUUCAACAGCACAUCAAAAACCAUCCAGACUUCAACCACUACUUCUACAAGAGUCCAGAAGACAUUCCAUGGACGGAGCUGGACUGGGAUGAAGAUGGAGAUGGUACCAAAGAGACGAGAAUCCCUUAUGAUGUUCUGGACACUGGUGAAGCAGAAACUGUCUUCCGCAACCACGCAAACUCCCUUCAGCAAGAACACAAGAGAUUGGAUUCUGUUGACAGAUGGAAGAAGCAGUUCAAGCAGUUACUGGAGGACACGGGCUACGUAACUCCUGGCAAGUCUCUCUCUGAAGUACGAGUUCUUUUCAUGGGACGAGAAUGUUUCGAAGCACUAUCUGAAGAUGACUGCCACUACAUAUACGACAAACACCAAAAAGAUAUCAUUGAGAAAGCGAAGCACAACUUCCAAGAACUGCUGCUGGAACAUGCAGAUUUGUUUUACCACUUCAAGAGCAUAGCUCCUACUGGCACAAUCACUCAAGAAGACAUUAAAGAAAUCACAGAUGCUUUAAAGGAAGAUUCAAGGUACAAGGCGCUGGAUCGCCUUGACCAAGAUCGCAAGUUGAUGCUUUUCCAGCAUUUAGGUUUUGUCCACUGCCCAAUUAGAGAACACUGCCCGGCUUUUCCAAAUUGUAUGGAUGCAUUAAUAGAGAGAGUACUUAGUAAUAAAGCACACAGGCCAUCUUCUUGGAACCACAGUAAUCAAUGGCUGCUCAAUUCCGACAGCAACCAGUUGAACUUGGUUAUUUUGGGACAAAAAGGAUUGGCUGAAGAGCUUUCCAAUGAAAUAAGAGCCCAGUGUGAUGAUGAUGAGUAUGAAAUAGACUGCCAUUUGUAUUGCUUAGAGUAUAGAAUAAUUGAUGGGGAUGUAAGUCUGCCCCAGAAUUCCUUCCAGUCAAUAGACUUCCUCCCUCAUGGUUGUUUUUGUGUAUACUCAAAUUCAGAAAGUUUUGAGUAUAUUCGUGAUAGUUUGGAAAAGACUUUACUCUCCAAUCUGGAGCAAGAGGAUCGCCUGCCAUUCCAAGGCCUUCCUAUUGUUAUACUUUUUGUAGCUGACAGCUUAGUUGAAGAAAAUGAAAUAAUAACACUGAGAGAGGAAGGCCAAAGCCUUGCUGAUAGCUUGCAGUGUCCAUUUAUUGAUGUGUCGCUGGAAGAGGUCAAUGGGGAACACCGGUUCAACGCCUCUCUUGUUGGCAAUGCACUCCGUCAGCUGGUCCUAAGCAUCAGACAUAGGGCUGGCUUCAUCACUGUUUACCAGUCAGUCAUGGAAUGUUCGGAGCCUGACAUCAGGAUUAUCAUGUGCAUGUUCUGUGGAGAUCCAUACUCUGUAGAAAAUGUCCUCGCUCCUUUGCUGAAUCACCAGUGCUGCUUUCUCAGUGGAGAGCGCAGUAUCAUACUUGAAACAUUUCUUGGCUCCUCUAAACGUAAAGUCGAGGUCAUUAUUUCCUCGUUCCAUGGUGCUAACGCUUUUAGAGAAGAACUGGUUCAUGGUUUCAUCCUGGUGUAUUCGACAAAGAGGAAAGCGUCAUUAGCAACACUGAAUGCGUUUUCCAUGAACAUACCCAAUCUUCCUAUUCAAAUAAUGGCUGUGACUGAUAGUGGAGGUGCCAAUGCUUUCUUCAGCAACGAUCUUAGUCACCAGCUGAUAACAGAGGGCAAUGCUACUGCUGACCGUCUCCAGGCUCAUUUCAUGACUUCUACUUCUAACUUUCAACAAAAAACUGCAUUUUACACCCCUUUCUUCAAAGAAGUUUGGGAGAAGAAGCCAGAGAUUGAACAAGCAUUCCACAUGGAAGAGCCGGCCCACCCUCCUGGAGAUGGAAUCCAUCCCCUGCCACCUCCUCGUCAUGAGAGCUAUCUCAUCAAACUGGGCUCCAAUGAUGGGUGUGAUAUGUUUGGGGCAGACGAUGCUGAACAGUUGUCUAGUGGGACCGAGGAUAGUGACACUUAUUCUCUCAUCGACAAUUACAAUCAAGAUAAUGACGACUGUCCAAAGCAAGACAGCAAAUCUACAAGUAAACUGAGUCAAGGGUUCCAGGUCUACCCCCCACCUACCACUCCCCCUGAGCCAGCUCCCCCUGAUCAUUUGGUGAAGGUUUCUUCGCUUCAACUCGGAUCCAACACCAGCUUGGAUGAAAUCACAUCUGACAUAAGUGGGUCCAGGGAAUCACUUGCUACACAUGAUUCAGGCUGGGUAGAUGAUUCUGUAUUCAUGCAACACACUGAACAUGAAGAUGGUGUAUGGAUCAACAACUAUUCCCAGCAUGCAUUUACCACAGGUCGAAGACACACGUCCAAGUCCAGAUACAAAGGAACGAGCCAUACAAUGAAGCAACCAGGGAAGUUGAACAUGAAAGACUACACCCUAGUAACUGAUGCCAUUGCAAGAAUGAAUUUAGGAUCUAAAGACUCAUUGCGGGUAACAAAAAUGUCUAAAUCCACCUUUGGUCAUGCACCGUUAGCGACUCCGGAAAACGUUGACUUGGGUUCAGAGUAUGCUCAGGUCAAAGAUGCUGUUGGAAAUUUAUACUCGUCAUAUGAUGGGGAAUAUUCUUACACACCAGUACAAGAUGCUUUGACGGGUACAAGCAAGCACAAGACAAGGCAUAGAAGGGAAAAGGGGAGACAAGUGAUGUCGGAUUCAGACAGUGAGUGGAGUUCUUUGGAAAGAAAGCAAAAGACAAACAGCUCAGAAAUGUUCUCAAAAGUGAGCAGAAAACCCACUACGCACAAGAGAGUCAGAAAGAAACGAACAGCGAUCCCAGUAGCAACUCCCAGAGUGCCUCCUUUCAACGCACCUCCACUCUCUAGCAACGGGCCCAAUCCACCCUUACCUCCAACCGACUUCAGCUACCGCUUUAAAAGCCAAGACAAUAAAACCGAAACUCUCGACAAAUUGGGUAAAGUGAAAAGUGACUGCGGCUCUGAAGAAAGUGGGAACAGUGAGCCGGACAUUUCUACUACUACUUGGGUGGCCCCCCUGCCUAUCCCCCCCUUGCCCCACAGCCGUCCUCGGGCCCCUGUCCCCCCCCUCCAGUCAUCUAAGUUCAAGAUGGAAGGAAUGGGUCAUGACGAGGAAUCUAGUCUUGAUGUUUCUUCUCCGAGAGAUCCUAGAGACUCACCCCUGUUUGGAGGGAUUCCUAAGUCAAAAGACGGUACCAAGACUUUAAGAAGAAAAGAAAAACAAAGAGCCAAAGAGGAAGAAAAAUUAGAGAAGAGACGCCAAAAAGAAGAAAAAUUGAAAAAACUAGCUGAAGAAAGGGAAAAGAAAAAACAAAAACCCAAAAAUGCAACAAGUUUGGGGAAAGGCUUUGGCCAGUCUACUUUGGAACAGUUAGCCCAAUCUGAAAGCAAUGCUGUACCAAUAAUUUUGGAGAAAUGUGUCCAGUUUGUAGAAGAGGAAGGCCUAGACUCUGAAGGAAUCUAUCGUGUUCCUGGCAACAGAGCUCAUGUUGAACUCCUUUUCCAGAAAUUUGAUGAAGAUCCAAAUGUGGACAUAAAUACCUUGGACAUUCCUGUCAAUGCUGUCGCUACUGCUUUGAAAGACUUUUUCUCUAAACGUCUACCGCCAUUGUUUACAGAGGACCUAAUGGGUGAACUGGAGGAUUUAUCAGUAUUCAUUUCAGUCAAAGGAGACAAAAGUUGUAGACUUCUAGCCUUGAGGAGUCUUUUGAAGAAAUUACCACCUGUAAACUUUGAAGUUUUGAAAUUCGUAUUCCACCAUUUUGUAAGGGUGUCUGAAAACUGCAAGCUAAACAGCAUGGACUCCAAGAACUUGGCUAUCUGUUGGUGGCCCACCUUGCUCCCCAUAGAGUUUAGUGAUAUGGGUCGUUUUGAACAGAUGAGGCCUCAUCUAGAAGACAUUGUACAAACCAUGAUAGACCAGUACCCUUUUCUAUUCUGCGGGAAAGAAGCUUUUGUCAUGGUUUGAACACGUAUCUUUGUAUUCACAUACUUUUUUAUCGACAAGACGAUUUAUUAUACAUACUGUGUUUGAUAUGAUAAUGUGAAUAAGAUCUAACUACUCGCUUCUCUUGGCAUGUUACGUCCAUUCCACUACAGGUCUAUGUAUCGGUGUGUAUUGUAUGUAUUAGAAUAAGUCUGUUCUUCGAUAAGCCGCUAAGAACAUUCAUGAUGAGCCAAAGAUGUUUUAAUGACGGCUAUAUAAUUUUUGUAGAAUUACUGUCAUAGAAUAUAAAUAUAUAAAUACUUUGAUUAAUUUAUUGUUAAGUUAUGUUUUACCUAAUUUAUUUUGUCGUCCGAAAGUUUCUUACUCGACACUUGUAAUAAAAAUAAUGUAAAUCUUUUGUACUAGGAUUGAUACUGCAGGAAUAAAUUUAGAAUUGUAAAGCUUUAUAUUUUCUACUUAAUAAUAUGAAUUUGGUUAAUAACUCGUAAUGAUUUCUGCUUCAGUGAUUGUCUUAAUGAUGGCUAGAUGGAUUCUGUAAAAUUUUGUGAAUUUUGCACAAUUCUCAGUUUCAAAUGAUUCUCAUGAUAAAAAAAAUUGAGCCAGAAAUGCAUUGAAUCACUUCAAUUUAUAGAGGCAUGUUGAUAUAAUGAAAUUUUACCCCUGAGCUCUGUUUUGUUCAAAUACAAAAACUUGCAAUAUCAAACUUUUGAACUAUUAUACUGCCUUAUUUCUGAUCAGUGGUUUUUUUUUAUACAUAUAUAUAUAUAGGUGCAUUUAUUUUUUACUGUCAGUGUUUUUCAACACAGUGACUUUAUUUAAUAUUAGUUUAGAUUAUAAAUCCUGAUGCAUUUAAAAGGCUUGUUGUAAUACAAACAACAUGUGAUUGUUUUUAUAUGUUUUUGUACCUUCAGUUAUUCCUUAAUUUAGUCAAUAAAUUCUGUAAAUUGUUAUAGCAUUAUUGUACAGUUUAUGUAAAUUUAUGUGUUCAUUCGCUUUGCAAAAUCAUUUUAAUAAGUUAAAAAAAUUGUAGCAACAUGAAAAACUAGCAUAACACCAAUUUCAGAGGCAGCUAGCUAAAAUAUGAACAACAGUAAGAGCCAAGAGCCAACAAGCAAAUAUGUUGUAAUUGGUUCUCAUUCAAUAUGGAUAGUGAUAUGGAUGAGUCAAAAGAUUGUAUAGUUAACCGAGCUGUGAUAGUUUUAAGUUUUCGCUUCAAUUCCUUGACCUAAUGUAGGCCUAUCUCCAAUGAUGGGGCGGACCCAUCCGGUCUAGUCGUUAGUGUAUCCUGUUUAUUUACGUUAUGAAUUUGAUUAUCGAUUUUUUAUAAUACCACCUAAAUCUCAUCAAAAAUUAGAUCUUAACACUAUAAACCUAAAUUUAAAAAAUUAUCAUCAAAAUAGUGACCUUAUCUAGCAUUUCCUGUAAUGUAGUGGGUUAGUUGCUGCGGUUUUAUCAGUUAUGUUUACCCUGUUUGUAUUGUAUGUUUUUUUACAAUAAAUUUUUAACUAUGUA